GGGACGGGGGGCCACCAGCAGGGGUCCUGGCCGGGCGUGAGGGCUGGGCCCGCAGUCCUGUGCCCUCCCCCCGGCCACCAGGGACCCUGUGGGUCCUCUUGGGACUCUGCCCAGGAGCAGACAAGGAGGGAGACCAGGGAGGGGAGGGCAGAGGCGGGGCGGACUGGCUGGGCCGAGCCCCCUCCGCAGAGGACGCACGGCCCCAGGGCCACCGCGUGAGGGGCACGGACUGCCGGGCAGGGAAGGGCAUGCCUCCUGGGGUGGUGGCUCCUCAGGACGGGCUCCUGUGCCCAGGACCACGUCUGUCUCCCAGAAUCAAACUCCGGAAGGGCGGCCCCCUGAAAUCCGUGGGACCCACGACCCCCGAGGCAGCCCGCCCCUGCCAGGAGGCGCCAGCCCGUCCAAACAUGUUCACGAGAGUCUCCAGCUCCACACACCGGGCUACUGUUUCCUGCCAGUCUCUUUACCUGACCAGCCAGCACCGAGGCCGAACACAGCAGCACCAGGAAGACGGUCUCUGCAGGGAAGGCCGCACCCGGGACAGAUACAAUGCAGAGAUGGCCCUGCCCCUGCGGGGCGCCAGGCCCCACGGUCACCACAGAGACAGCAGCCAGCCACAAGCAGAAACCCAAGUCCAGGACCACCGGAGGCACCCCUCCCCAGGCAGUGUGGGCCUGACCGUGUGCCCAGUCCAAGGGCUAGGACCACGGGCUGCCCGAAGGUCUCGCAGGGGGGUGGGGGCGGCGUCUUCCCAGAGGGGCCCCCGCCUUGGUGCCCCCAUGCCUAUGGGCCGAAGCCACACUCACUUCAUCCACCGCCGGAGACGGCCCACCCGGACCCAGAUCAGUGCGAAGAGAGGCAAGCGGUCAAGGAUUACAGGGCUCCGGUGGAGCUGUCCGCGGGCGCCAGGCUGGACCCAUGAAAGAUCGAUGGGGAGCAGCCAGGAGGAGGGGCUCCUGUGUCAGCUAAGCCGACUGAACCAAGAUGCAGACCUAGAUGCCACUGACACUACCAGGCCCCGGGCUGUACUCCUGGAGAAGCACCUGCUAGAGGGAGAGAAACGGCCACCCAGCCCUGGUCAGGGCCCCUUCUUCUACAUCGGGGGCACUAAUGGGGCCUCAAUAAUCAGCUCCUACUGCAAGAGCAAGGGCUGGCAGCGCACCCAGGACAGCAGGCGGGAGGACUACAAGCUGAAGUGGUGUGAGGUCAAGAGCCGGGACACUUACUGCUCCUUCCGGGAAGGCGAGCAGCUGCUGUACCAGCUGCCCAACAACAGACUCCUCACCACCAAGAUCGGGCUGCUCAGCGCCCUGAGGGAGUACUCGCGGGUCCUGAGCAAGACCAAUGCAGUGCUGUGCACCCAGGCCAGAUCUGGAAAGGAUGCAGCACCUGCCCUUGAGGAGCCCAUGUGGACCAGCCCAGGAUGCCUUGGGCCACAGAGGGUCCUGAAAAUGGAAGAAUUUUUCCCAGAGACCUACCGUCUGGACAUCAGGGACGAGAGAAAGGCUUUCUUCACUCUCUUUGAUGACACCCAGAUGUGGAUCUGCAAGCCCACCGCCUCCAACCAGGGCAAAGGCAUCUUUCUGCUGAGGAACCAGGAGGAAGUCGCCGCCCUCCAGGCCAAGACCCAGAGCAUGGAGGACGACCCCAUCUAUGACAAGAUGUCGUUCAGGGUUCCCCAGGCGCGCAUCGUGCAGAGGUACAUCCAGAACCCGCUGCUGCUGGACGGGAAGAAGUUUGACGUGCGCUCCUACCUGCUCAUAGCCUGCACCACACCAUACAUGGUCUUCUUCGGCCAUGGCUACGCUCGCCUCACCCUCAGCCUUUAUGACCCCCACGCCAGUGACCUCGGUGGCCACUUGACCAACCAGUUCAUGCAGAAGAAGAGCCCCCUCUAUGUGAUGCUCAAGGAAGACACGGUGUGGAGCAUGGACCACCUCAACCGGUACAUCAACGACAAGUUCAGGAAGACCAAGGGCCUCCCCAGAGACUGGGUCUUUACCACCUUCACGAAGCGGAUGCAGCAGAUCAUGGCCCACUGCUUCCUGGCCGUCAAAUCCAAGCUCCAGUGCAAGCUGGGCUACUUUGACCUCAUCGGCUGUGACUUCUUGAUCGAUGAGAACUUCAAGGUGUGGCUGCUGGAGAUGAACUCCAACCCUGCCCUGCACACCAACUGUGAAGUCCUGAAGGAGGUGAUUCCAGGCGUGGUCAUGGAGACCCUGGACCUGGCGCUUGAGACCUUCCAGAAGAGUUUGUGCAGCCAGAAGAUGCUGCCCCUGCUGUCGCAGCGCCGCUUCGUACUCCUACACAACGGCGAGGUGGACCCGGGGCCGCGCCCGGGGGGCUCCCGCAUUGGCCCCCGCCCGCCUGCCGCAACCCGGUCGGCCUCGGAGCCCGCGCCCCCCGCGCCCCCCGCGCCCCCGCUGCGCGCAGACAGACCGGGCGCGCGCAGGCCCGCGCCCCCGCGGGGCCCCGACGGCGCCCAGGCCCGGGAGCCCUCCCCGCGGCCGGCCGAGGAGCGGCGCAAGAACGCGAGCCACCGGGGCUCGUAGCGGGCGGCCACCAGCGCCCUCUCUGGACCUAUAAAUGCUACUUUGUUACAAGGGCGA